GUUUUGGGUUUUGCCUCUAGGCCCGCCCGCGAGCGCAUCACCGUUAGAACAAGGCCGAAGCGUCUCCAGAGCCCUCGCCCAAGCACCUCGGCCACCUUCCCCCGCAUACCGUGCACCAAAGCCGAUGGUAGAUUCUGCGGCAACUACGAUGAGUGCGGGAAGACCGAAGCGAGUGGUGGCCAUUACAGAUGAAUACAACUGGCGUCGUUUGCAGGACUCGAUAACCUGCGAUAUCCGGGCGGAAGGCGGCGAGACCAGUCAGGAUACGAAACGAAGCCGGGGACAGACAGUUGGGAUCGGUCGCGGAGGCGAGCCUGGGGGAUUAAGACCCAGAGGGGAGGGAGAGGAGGAGUCGGGCGUUGGUGCUCCAUGUGUCAAUCCCGCGCUCGAUCCCCACACAGCGCCGUUGGAGAGGUCCCGGCAAUUCCGGCAGCGACGUAUUCUUGAGGACCAGGGACAGCAACAGAUGCGCAACGUGCUCGAAACUCAAAGCUUGAGUUCGAGGGCGCUCGGUGCGGGUCGGCUUGACGUGGGUGACGGUGGUCGUAGGUCGCAGAUGGACUUAACAGAUGCGUUGGGAUAUACCACACCGCUAUCACUGCCAGUACUUGAUAUGGAUCACGUCGAGGCGGGAAUGCUACGACGAACAGGCCUAGAUGGAGCACCGAGACAAACAACACACAAGUUGAGAGAGGACAACACCCAGAUUGAGAAAGCCCAAAGAAUGACGAUAACAGGGUUAGAAGACGUGGCAAGACCCAGCGAGACCCUGACCGAUAAAUAUAGCGAAAACUGGGCGGUGGUUAUCCCGAAGGCGUGGCAGGUGAAUAGUAAAUACCCUGAAGUAGUCGUGGCCAUCGAUGGGGGCGUCCAUGGACGUCGUGACUGGCAUUAGGUAACAGGUAUCGACGGCUUUGUUUGAGGUAGUGGUGGAAAGGAACAUGAGAAGACUGCAUUCUACCAGGGCGCCGCCAGCACGGUCAACGCCAGAUAUUAAUAUUUGCAGCGAGCAGAGUGGGUGAUACAAUCCCACAUGGACUGCGAUUCCA